GUCAUUUGCAGACUGCUUUCAGGAUUACACUCUUUUCUCAAAAAACCACCAUAAAAUCCUGGAAUUUUUUUUUAUGAACCCUAAAUGGAAAUGAGAAAAAGUUGCCACAUUUCCAGUCUAGUUCACCUCAAAAUUCUUAAUUGAACAACCCCAAUUUCUAGGAAACUUUGUUUUCGUUUUUUUUAAUUAUGGCCUCCAUUGACAUGCUCUUAUCUCCUAGGAUUUUCCCUCCAAAAUCCCAAACUCAAGUCCGUGUUUUGCGGUCUAGGACUGUAACUCAUUCCAAAGGUCGCAACUUUGCUCAACGUUUUCGACCACAGCCACUAUUCAUUCACCGCCGGUCAUUAUCCGUCUUCUGUCAAUCAAAAUCUGACGCUUCCUCACGGUCUGGUAACCCUGGAAAUUCCAUUGAAGAAGAUUUUGUGACCAGGGUUUUGAAGGAAAAUCCAAGCCAGGUUGAACCCAGGUACCUAAUUGGUGAUAAAUUUUACACCUUGAAGGAAAAACAGGAUUUGAGCAAGAAACCUGAGGUGGGUGUUUUUCAGUUCUUGGUGAAAAAGUUGAAUUUGGGAGAGAAAUCGAAGAAAGAGAGUGGUGAGGGUCAAAAUGAGAGGGAAUCGAAGAAUGAGGCUGUGUAUUUGAAUGAUAUUUUGAGGAAGUAUAGAGGAAAGCUCUACGUGCCUGAGCAGAUUUUUGGAACUGAGUUGUCAGAGGAAGAGGAAUUCGAAAGGAAUUUUGAUGCAUUGCCAAAAAUGAGCUUAGAGGAUUUUCAGAAAGCUAUGGAGAAAGACAAGGUUAAAUUGUUGACUUCCAAGGAGGUAAACGGCUUGUCGUAUGGUAACGUGUAUAGGGACUUCAUUGUUGAUUUGAAAGAAAUUCCAGGUGAAAAGAGCUUGCAGAGGACCAAAUGGGCUAUGAGGCUAGACGAGAAUGAAGCUCGGACUCUUCUGGAGGAGUAUACAGGCCCACGAUAUCAAAUAGAAAGGCACACUACGUCUUGGGUAGGAAAGUUACCGCAGUACCCUAAUCCUGUGGCAUCUUCCAUAUCUAGCAGAAUGAUGGUAGAGUUUGGAGCAGUAACAGCUAUAAUGGCUCUUGCUGCAAUUCUUGUUGGAGGAUUCCUGGCUUCUGCAGUAUUUGCUGUUACGAGUUUUAUUUUUGUAGCAACUUCAUAUGUUAUAUUGCCUAUAGUCAAACCAUUUAUAAAACUUUUCUUCGGACUCAUAUUUGGUAUUUUAGAAAGAAUCUGGGAUAAUCUUGUAGAUGUUUUCAGCGAUGGAGGCAUUUUUUCUAAAUUCUAUGAAUUUUACACUUUUGGUGGCAUAUCUGCCAGCCUUGAGAUGUUAAAACCAAUUACGCUUGUCCUUUUGACUAUGGUCCUUCUUGUCCGUUUCACACUUUCAAGAAGACCUAAGAACUUCAGGAAAUGGGAUCUAUGGCAGGGGAUUGAUUUUUCACGAUCUAAAGCAGAAGCUCGUGUUGAUGGCUCGACUGGAGUGAAAUUUGCUGAUGUGGCUGGGAUUGAUGAAGCAGUAGAGGAACUCCAAGAGUUGGUGAGGUACUUGAAGAACCCUGAACUGUUCGAUAAAAUGGGAAUAAAGCCUCCACAUGGUGUUCUUCUAGAGGGCCCUCCUGGAUGUGGCAAGACCCUGGUUGCUAAGGCCAUAGCUGGAGAGGCUGGUGUUCCAUUUUAUCAAAUGGCUGGAUCUGAAUUUGUUGAAGUUUUAGUUGGUGUUGGUUCUGCCCGUAUUAGGGAUCUAUUCAAAAGAGCCAAGGUGAAUAAACCUUCAGUGAUAUUCAUUGAUGAAAUUGAUGCAUUGGCAACUAGGCGUCAAGGAAUUUACAAGGAAUCUUCAGACCAACUAUAUAAUGCGGCAACUCAGGAGAGGGAAACUACAUUAAACCAGCUCUUGAUAGAGCUUGAUGGUUUUGAUACCGGUAAAGGUGUUAUAUUUUUAGCUGCUACAAACCGUAGGGAUUUGUUAGACCCUGCGCUUCUUCGACCAGGCCGCUUUGAUCGAAAGAUAAGAAUUCGCCCUCCUGCUGCAAAGGGGAGACUGCAAAUUUUGAAAAUUCAUGCAAGCAAAGUUAAAAUGUCAGACUCUGUUGAUUUGUCCAGCUAUGCUCAGAACUUACCUGGAUGGACUGGAGCAAGAUUGGCUCAGUUGGUCCAAGAGGCUGCACUUGUAGCCGUUAGGAAGGGACAUCAGUCAAUUCUACAGUCAGACAUGGAUGAUGCAGUUGACAGACUUACCGUAGGACCAAAACGUGUUGGUAUAGAGUUGGGUCAUCAGGGACAAUGUCGUCGAGCUACUACUGAAGUGGGUGUUGCAAUGACAUCUCAUCUACUCAGGCGCUAUGAGAAUGCUAAAGUUGAAAGCUGUGAUCGCAUCUCAAUCACCCCUCGUGGUCAGACAUUAUCUCAAGUUGUAUUUCAUCGGCUUGAUGAUGAAUCAUACAUGUUUGAGCGCCGACCACAGUUGCUGCAUCGCCUUCAGGUUUUACUUGGAGGAAGGGCUGCUGAAGAAGUCAUUUAUGGAAAGGAUACUUCACGAACAUCAGUUGGCUACCUCGCAGAUGCAUCAUGGCUAGCCCGUAAAAUUUUAACCAUAUGGAAUUUGGAAAAUCCAAUGUUCAUACAUGGGGAACCACCACCUUGGCGAAAGGAGGUUAAAUUCGUUGGUCCACGACUGGACUUCGAAGGAUCGCUUUAUGAUGACUAUGACCUGAUCGAACCCCCACUCAACUUCAAUUUAGAUGACCAAGUUGCACAAAGGACAGAAGAGCUGCUACACGAGAUGUACCAAAAGACACUUUCUCUGCUUAGGAGGCAUCAUGCAGCUUUGCUUAAAUCUGUAAAGGUUCUUCUAAAUCAACAGGAAAUCAGAGGUGAAGAAAUCGACUUUAUCCUGAACAAUUACCCUCCACAAACGCCAGUCAGUUUACUUUUCGAGGAAGAAAAUCCCGGAAGCCUUCCAUUUGUAAGACAAGAACAGGACCGUGAAUUUGAGUAUGCCCUCGUAACUCAGUCAAAAGGAGAAACACUGUGAAUGGCAUAUACCACAUUUGUUUGGCUGGUGGUGGCUUAGUACAGCAACAAAGGCUGCUCAGCUAUUCCUACCGUAUAUGAAACCAGAAGAGAAAGGCUUCAUCAGAGGCUUUAUUGCCACUUUGAGAGCAAGGCAUGGAAUUUACAUGUCUAAAAUUUUGUUGUAUUUUAUUUAAAUUUAGGUUAUUUGUAAUUUGAUAUUUGUAGCUACCUACUUUUGAAAAAUUAAUUUAUAUUAGGCAAUUAAGACAUGCUACCUCUUUUUUUUUUUUUUUUUUUUUUU